AUAUACUCCUCUCUCUCUUUCUCUCUCUCUCUCUCUCUCUCUCUCUCUCUCUCGGUGCAAAAAUGGGUUACCUUGAUCAUCUUUCAGAUUUGUGCGCUGAUACCAGCAUAAGGAAAGGAAAGCGCAAAGUAAAGCAGACAGUUGAUAUCAAGGUGAAAAUGGACUGUGAUGGCUGCGAAAGGAGGAUCAGAAAUACUGUUUCUUCCAUGAAAGGAGUGAAAUCAGUGGAGGUAAGCCGGAAGCAAAGCCGAGUGAGUGUUAGCGGCUACGUGGAUCCGAACAAGGUGUUGGAGAAAGUUAAGGGCACCGGCAAGAAAGCCGAGUUCUGGCCGUAUGUGCCGUACAAUCUGGUGUAUUACCCUUACGCUCCUCAAGCUUACGACAAGAAGGCGCCGUCCGGCUACGUCAAGAACGUAGCUCAAGCCCUGCCCAGCCCCAACACUCCCACCGAGCGCCUCACCACUCUCUUCAGUGACGAUAACCCAAAUGCUUGUUCUGUUAUGUGAUGUGAAGGGCUCGCAUGCAAAAAAUUUCUGGAGAGGAGGUGCUAGGUGUUUUUUUUUUGUUUGUUUGUAGAAGACGCUUAAAAUGUCAUUUUUGGGUUUGAACUUUCGGCUGUAGAAUAUAUCUUCUUGUUUGAUGUUAUAUACUAGAACUCAAUGAUUGUGGCACAAUUUUUUGUCGUCGAUAUAUUGUAAGCAAGCAUGGCAUCCCAAAAGUCUUUGUGGUGAAAUAUGUUACCUUACCUUUGUUCUAGUCACCCAUGCACUUGGACAGUUGUUU